AUGGCUCAAAAUCCAUGGUAUAUAAAAAAAUCAAAAGUAUUAAGAAUUAGCAAAUUAGAAAAUUUUAUUAAUAAAUUUAAUGAAGAUUAUGAUCAUUUAAUAUGUAAUCCUAAAUUUAAAUACAUAAAAAACACAUUAAAUGUUAUUCUUGAGAAUCCUGGACUAAUUAUUAAUAAAAAAACCUUUAAUAUAGUAAGAAUAAGUUGUGUAGCUCAAUUACAACCAAAAUACUUAGAUAACGUAAAAGAUGGUCUAAGCAUUUAUUUAUCAAAUUUUAUGUUAAAAGUAAAUAAUGAUGUUGAAGGAUUUUGUAUAUGUUUUAACAAUAUUAAAUUAAAAGAAAAAGAACCCAAAAUUAUUAAUAGUGAUCCAUCAAAUAUGUUUUUAAAAAUCAGUUUUAAACUUUUAAUUUUAGUUUUAAAAGAAAAUUAUAUAAUAAAAGCUAAAAUAAAUAAAAUAGAACCAACAAAAAUUCAUUUAGAUAUAUUUGGGAUUAUUGAAGCAACACUUAUUGAAGAAAUAUUUAAAGAUUUUUGUUAUGAUUCAAAUAAUAAUACAUUUAUAAAAGAUGAUAAAGUAUAUUCUUUAAAUGAUAUUAUUAACUUCACAAUAAAAAAAGUUACCUAUUCUGACAAUGGAACAAAUGUAAAAUUAAUUGGAUAUUUUUAA